AUAUCAAAUUGCACCAUUUUUAUGCAAUAACGUUGAAGUGAAUUUUUUUAAAUUUAGCACACGAACAAAAUCAACCAAUCAACCUUUAGUAUUACUACGCAAACUCCAAAUAUUUCUCUCUAGACAUUUGAUUUCCCAGCUUUUUCGAUGUGCUUGUGCUACCAUCACAAGACGUACACCCGAGUAUAAUUUUCUAUCUGAGAAUGGCCGCGAUGUUGUCCAACUGUUCGCGGUAUGCGCCUCGUGUGAUAUCACGAAUUUCUAUAUUACAAAAUAAGGUUGUGAGAUCCUUACAAAAAGAAGGACGUGUAUUAUAUAUCCAUACCAAACAUGUGGAUGUCACAACUUCAUUAUAUUCUAAAAAUAGCACGAUUCAUCGAUGGAAAAUCUCAACUAGACAUUUACGUUCCACACCUGCAUUGUGGGAGAUAAAAGAAGUUGUAGUACCAGCAUUUGCAGAGAGUGUUAGUGAGGGAGAUGUGAGGUGGGAAAAAAAAGUUGGUGAUCUAGUAAAGGAAGAUGAUGUCUUAUGUGAAAUUGAAACUGACAAGACUUCAGUUCCUGUUCCUUCACCUGGACCAGGUGUUAUAAGAGAGAUCUAUACUAAAGAUGGUGAUACUGUAAAACCAGGGCAAAAAUUAUGUACCAUCGAUAUCGGCGCUACUGAUGGUGUAGCUGUAGAUGCAUCAAAGGCAAAACCUGCAGAAGCUGCACCACCACCUCCUCCACCUCCUACAGCUGCACCUCCACCGCCUCCACCUCCUGCAGCUGCAGCUCCACCACCACCGCCUCCACCACCACCGCCUCCACCAGUAACUCCAUCUGCUGUACCACCGCCUAGUGCUAAACCUCCACCUCCCCAACCACCUAUUGCAUCUAUUCCAGUUGCUGCCAUCAAACAUGCACAGUCAUUGGAAGGAGCAAAAGUUCAGUUACCACCAGCAGAUUAUACACGUGAAAUAAUUGGUACAAGAACAGAGCAAAGAGUUAAAAUGAAUAGAAUGCGUUUACGUAUAGCGGAAAGAUUAAAAGAUGCACAAAAUACGAAUGCCAUGUUAACGACGUUCAAUGAAAUUGAUAUGAGUCGUAUUAUGGAAUUCCGUAAAACUCAUCAAGAUAGUUUCACGAAGAAAUACGGUAUCAAGUUAGGAUUCAUGAGUCCAUUUAUUGCGGCGAGUUCUUAUGCUCUCAAAGAUCAACCUGUUGUUAAUGCAGUUAUCGAUGGCACCGAUAUAGUAUACAGAGAUUACGUUGAUAUUAGCGUUGCAGUAGCUACACCAAAAGGUCUUGUUGUUCCUGUUAUACGUAGUGUGGAAAAUAAAAAUUUUGCCGACAUAGAAAUUGCUUUAGCUGCAUUAGGAGAUAAAGCUAGAAAAGGAAAAAUAUCCGUAGAAGAUAUGGAUGGCGGUACUUUUACAAUAAGUAAUGGUGGUGUAUUUGGUUCUCUUUUGGGAACUCCUAUAAUAAAUCCACCACAAAGUGCUAUUUUAGGAAUGCAUGGUGUUUUUGAUAGACCUAUUGCAGUUAAAGGACAGGUUGUCAUCCGACCAAUGAUGUAUGUAGCUUUAACAUAUGAUCAUCGAUUAAUCGAUGGUCGCGAAGCUGUGAUGUUUUUGAGAAAAAUUAAAGAUGCAAUAGAAGAUCCAAGAAUAAUAUUAGCUGGUCUUUAGACAGAACGAUAACAUUCUUUCUUAUUCAAUCACUUUAAACACACCUCUUAUCCCUUUAUGGGAUAUUUUGUACAUCUCUCUGUGUACGCUGCUCUAUUGUAUUAUAUUUUAUUCAUUUGGAAGAAAUGAUAUAUACCAGUAAAGUUGUGAUGACUGAGAUUAAAAGGAAGUAAGACAGAUGUCUAAAAUAGAAUACAAAGCAAUUUUAGUACAUCACAAGGACAUCGCGUUAUACAUACAUAAAUUCGAAAUCUGUACUUAUAUUAAUUUAAUCAGAUUUAUUUCUCGCAUAUACCUGGUCUUUUAAUGUAUCAUACUUUUAAUUUAAAAGUAAAGUAUAAAUUAUAUACUGUC